UGUCAAUGUUUCAAACCAAAGACAGAGAAGCGAAGUUCAGCUCUGGUGGGCUCCACUUCAAAACAUCAUACAGACCACGAUCACGCUGCAGGAGGGCUCUGCAAAUGCUCAGCUGCAAUGAUCCCAUUUGACACAGCGGAGAAGAAGGUUGCAGCUGGGGCGUGGUUUCAUAUCUCACGGAACCAUCUCCUAACAGCUUCCAAUAAACACCGCAUAGACGACUUAAGCAGCGUUUGUUGUCUUUAAGAUUUAAAAUGGACCAAAAAUGGAUUCAGAUGCUGGUGAUUCUGGUAUUUUAUCAGCAAAUCACCCCAGGAACUGCUAUAGCAAAGGUGGUAAAAGAAGGGGAGUCAGUUGAAAUCAAGUGCAAGACUGAAAAAGGGACCCUGGGCUUCUGGUUUCGAGUGCUGGACCAAUCUGGCAUGGAAUUCAUUGCAUCAUUCAGCCCCUCUGGCCAGAUAAAGAAACCUGGAUCCAAUUUUACGGAAAAGUUUACUUAUAAAAAGCAAAAUGAGGAUGUGCAUGUUUUGACACUGAAAUCCUACAGAAGUAGUGACAGUGGCAUCUACAGCUGUGGCUCUCUGAUCGGUGGAAAUUCACUACAAUUUGGAGAAGUCUUCCAGCUGUAUGAAGAAAAAAAGAAAGAAAUAAUAACAACACCACCAUGCACCACCUUACCAACUCCAUCCACGACUACCACGAGCUGCGUUUGUAAAGAAAUGGCAUGGACAGGUGUGGCAGGGACAUCUGAUGUUUCCAUGUUUUGUACUCCAAUCAUACUGGGCCCACUGGCCGGCGGCUGUGGCCUUCUUCUGCUGUGUCUCAUCAUCACCACCAUUUACUGCAACAAAAUGAGGACACGACGGUGCCCACACCAUUACAAGAGAAAGCCGAGGAUGGGGGUUCCUGAAAAAAUGAUGACCAACAUCUGAUGUAAAAGUUGCAAUUUCAUUCACGUUUAUUCAAAGUGACAUUAAUAUUGCUGUUAUUUGUUUGUUUGUUUGUUUGUUUACAGCCGCUGUUUUUUUCUUUUGAAAUUAAAAAAACACAAAAGUCUCACGAACGUAGAAGCAGCUAAUAUGCAACUUAAAACAUCUUAAUUUUGCAUGACAAACAAAUUCCAAAGCAUCAAAUAUCCCGUAAAGUUUUUCACCGAAGGCUGACAGUGUUUUAUGUUUGUUGAUGUUUAUUGUUUUGUUUUUCAAUGAAAUAAUGUGACACAAAACAUCUACUAAAUUACCAUUUAUGCUGAAAGUAAAUGAAAAUAAUCUUGAGAAUUUUAAACUAUUGUUUAUACUCAUUCUUCAAGUUGAAUUUGUGCAAAAAAAUGUACAUAUUUGUUUAUUUUUGUUUUUUUUUACAUUUACAUUAUAACAAAUUCAAAUUCUAUUAUAAGUAUUUACUUUUCUGUAUUGAACUUACCUUGCCCUUCUGUAAUUUCCUUUAUAUUUCUUUAAUUAAUAAACAAGUGAUAUUA